AAACCACCUUGAUCACUGGAAAUGGUUUUAGGAAACUGCCAAGGAUCUGAGCUUUGUCUUCUCAGGUGCUUGACAGAUUCCUAAAACCUUUAAAACACUGCUGGCGAUGGUGGGAACAGACACAUCCCUGCACAUGGCACAUGCAGAGCUCUACUGGGCACACAGGGGAAGCCUCAGCUGUGCCUGGGCUAGACCAACAAAACUUGUUUUUAAAGCAAAACGUGAGACCUUCCUAUGCCUGACAACACCCCUUGAAAUUUAACCUCCAUGCAGCUGUUACUGCGAUGCUGGUGGUUGAAAUAACUUUAACAACGUUAUUACAGCAGUAACAAAGAAAGAUACAACAAACCAAACAGAACCAAACCCAAACCCCACAACAAACAAACAAAAAACCCCAAACACCUACAAAACACCCAGGACUGUUUUUCCACAGGUUCAAUGCCAGUGUUCUUGUGGAAAAUAAGUGGAACAGUGCUGAAGUUGACAAGCCCAAGUCCAGAGCCGUGAGAUGUGCUGGUGGAAGCAGUGGGCACUUCCCAUCUCCCCAGGUAUCUGUGGCACCCUGGUUGCAGCUGUGCCAGGGAGCUGAAGGGACACAAACCUCCUGCCCGAGAUGGAUUAAGUUGCUGAAUGUUGGAGAGAAUGACCCAGAGCUCUUUUUACAUGUGCACUCCCUUGAACAUAGUCACUGGAAGAGGCCUGUGGAUGAAGUCGGCUCGAGGAGCGCCGGAGCAAAGGGACAGCGAGAAGCGGCGGCACCGCCAAGGAGGAGGCGUGGCGGGGGAGAAAUCCUCCUGCCCGAAGGAUGCUAUCUUUGGUCACAAAUUAGCUUACAGGGUACAAAAGAAGAAAAACACAAAAUGGAUCUUAAGGUGGGUAAGAACUGAAUUCACUGCAGCUGCACGAGGAGAAAUGGCAGUGACAGGGGGCGGUAGUGUCGGUCAUGACGUCAACUCCCCAGGGAAGGUGACGGCAGCGCACGGGACGGAGGGCGACGUGGAGCUGGGGGGGUACGGGAGUGAGCAGCAGCUUCUCACUUGGCCUCCUGUUUCCAGUCGUCUUGGCAGAAGUGCCGAAGAAGCUGCUGGAGGUCGUGCUGGAGGUCAUCCCUGGGGAGCGCUUCUGGGGUGUCUUCCAGCUCUUCUAGGUGAACACGUUUGCCACACCGAUCCUUCAUCACGGUCCUCUUCUGAGUGCUGGCUUUACUUAGGGUUGUCCUAAAACGAAAAAAAAGCAGAGUUGUGACUUAAAAAGACCACAGAUCCUGCAGAUGUGCAGCUAUUUCCUUCUUAAGCUGCUGAGGAAGGGUGACACGUGCUGGAUGCAAGGCGCAUCAUGUAAACUCUUGAGAAAUGA